AGAGAAGGCUAUAUAUACUGGUGCUGACAGCAGCCAAAUCAGAGAAGUUCACAGACUGGCUUGAGCGUAACCCUGGACAAGGGCUAGCUGCUUGCUCCCUUUGGACUCCAUCUGCUCUCCAGCCACACUCUCUCUGUGAGACCCACUCUGUGUGACCAUCCAAACUUCGGCCCUCAAGCCUAGAGAUUUCCACGACCUGGUGAACUGCGCUGGCAGAACAUCAGACUAAGACACGUCGCUCUGCAGCUUUGGUUGAAGCAAAACAAAUAUUACAUUUCUGAAGAAGAUUUGGGAUCUGGACUUCUGUGGAAGGAAUUUCAAUAAGGCUCAGCUGUCCCUUGAGAGAUGGGGGAUGAAUAUAAGCGUAUCAUUUUGGUGGAUGGAUUACAUAACAUCAGUGAUGAUCAUUUUGAGAUGAUUAAGUCUUUACUGAAAAAGGAUUUAAACCUAACUUCGAAAAUGCAGCAAGAAUAUAACAGAGUUAAAAUUGCUGAUGUGAUGGAAGCAAAAUUCCCAGGGGCUGUUGGUGUAGAAAAACUAAUAAAAGUGUUCAAAAGCAUACCAGAACUUAAAGACCAUGCUAAAGAACUUCUAAAGAAGAAGCAAAAUGUUGCAAACAAGAUAAGAAAAAUUGGAAAAACUCCAGAGAAAAAGAAGAAACCGGAAAAAGCAGAUCCUGCCAUCCCUGCUAACCCAGCAAAGGACAGUCUGACAUCCGGAGGUCCAAAUGCAACUACUGAGGCUCAGAAAAGAGGAAACACAACCCAAGAAAUGACUGGAACAAAAAAGAGUAAGAUGUCUGUGGAGCAGACUCAGCUUCCCCAUCUGGCAGGAGCUAGUGUGUUCACAACCACGGACUUUUCACCACCAACCCAGAGCUCGGCAUCUGCUUCAUCCUCCACUUCCUCAGCUGAGAAGAGACCAGCUCAAUGCAAGGCAGCUGCCAAGAGAGGUGUUCUCCAGAAGGGCCCCAUGAUGGUGAAGGUGUUAAAGGCAUCAGAGCCGUUUGAAUAUGAGUGCCCAGAGAAGGGGAAAGACAUGAUGUUCCAUGCCACGGUGGCCAAUGAAAAACAGUUUUUCCAAGUAAAGGUUUUAAACAUCAACCUGAAAGAGAAAUUCACAAAAGAUAAGGUCAUUACCUUAUCAGAUUACUUUGAGUGCAAAGGGAUCCUGGAGGUAAAUAAAGAAUCCUUUGUGUUGGAAGCAGAUUCUGGUCAUCAGAUUGAGGUCCCACUGAGCAUCAAGAAAAGAGCAAAUGAAACGCCCAAGAUUGACAAUCUUCUCAAGCAAGCAUCAGGAACAUUUGUGUAUGGGUUGUUUGAAAUUCAUAACAAAAAAGUGAAUAAGAAGAACACAAUCUAUGAAAUACAGGACAGUACAGCGAAGAUGGAUGUAGUGGGGAGUGGAAAAUGGCACAAUAUCGAUUGUAAGGAAGGAGAUAAGUUUCGACUCUUUUACUUUAAACUGAGAACGAUUGACCAGAAGCCAAGUCUGAUGUGUGAAAAUCACAGUUUCCUCCAGGUCAUCAAGGCUAAGAAAAAGAAGGAAAAUCCAUCCAGUUCUGCUGUAAAUCAAAAUUUUCAGCCUACGAGCCCACCUCCAAGUCAAUUAGGUAGUCUCACAAGUUAUACUGUUAAAGUCGAGCCUUACACAUGUUAUAGUUUCUUUGAAAAUUAUCCAAAGUAUUAAGACAUUUUUAUACCUGAGUUCUGGAUUAGAUGACUAUUUUUUAGUCUAAAGUGAUGAAUUUUUUAUAGAUAUGUUUAAAGAUUUUGCUAAUACAACAAAAAUCUCAUGGACAUUGUAUUCCUUAAAAUAAGAAGUGUCUCUCUCUCUUUUUUUUUUUUUUAGUUUUUUUCUUAUGUAUUUUUUCACAUCAUUUGUCAUUUUUGCACAGUGUAUGCAUUUUCAUCUUGGUUAUAUCCCCCAUACAAUUGCCACCCCCCUUAUUUUGACCCUACUACCCCUUCUUCUCUCCCCCGUAAUGUGUCUCUGGUUUAUAGUUGCUUGUUGAUUUACUUAUAUUUCUCUGUAUUUUGUAGGAAUACUACAUUUUGUAUCUAUAAUGGCCAUGAUAUGAAAUAAUAAAAUUUUCUCUUUUUUUAGAGCAUCCUUUUCCAGAAGUGCUGGAUAUGGUCUCUUUAAUCCAGAAGUGAGUUGCAUGAGGGUGGCUAAGCAUGUACAUAAGCACACAAGUGGGCAUGCAGAGCCACAUCAAUAUUGGGGUCUGCAUGUUGGCUGUGAUUUCCAGAGGAUCAUGGGCCAUGUGUGAAGGUCAUGUGCAUUGAUAUCACAGCUCAUGUUCAUAUCAAUAAGCCCUGUGCCUUUUGUGAAAUACAAAAAUGAUUUACUGUCUGCAAUUGUAUCUCCCUGGAGAGGAGCACUUAUGUAGCUCCUGUCCCUGGAGGAGGCACUGUUGGUGAUAUGCACAAAGGUAUGAAUAUAUGCAAGAAGCUUCCCUGUCCCUACUGGUGGGAUAUCUGUUCUAUUCUUUGUAUGUGUACAUAUAUCUCACUAUUAGUUGCCUACUUUAUUUUCUUAUUCUUACAUUUUUUGUCUUUUUAUUGAUGGAUGGCUGGAUUGACUAACUAUUAUUGAAGUACCAUGGCUCCCCAUCUCUCAGGACUGGUGUUGACCUUGUAGCACUCAGAGUGCACAGUCUGCAGACAUUCAGGUCUGGAACCCAAGAGAGGAGAGAUAUCAGUGGUGCAACAGGCAUGAGCCAGUACCCUGCCCUCAAUUCUACCAGUGUCUGCACACAUAAAGGCUUCUUCUCCACCUGAAAGCUGUAAGAUUAGGUAUCUGAAUCUGUGGAAUUCCAGAAAGGUCAGACAUCUAAAAAUCAUAUAAAUUGGGAAAACCUGAAAAAAACCACAGUGCCACCUGCUGAAAAAGAAUAGAACAUAUCUCUAAGCAACUGUAAAAGUAUCUUUUAUAAAAAUAGGAAAAUCAAAAGCAGCAUCAUUUUUGUAUCAUGUGUCAGACAAGGGGCUAAUAUCCAAGUUCUAGAAAGAAUUCAUACAACUCAACAAAAAGAAAACAAAAAUCCCAAUUGGAAAAAAGGGCAGAAGACCUAAAUAGAAACUUCUCCAAAAAAGACACUCAGAUGACCAACA